AUGGGGUGCGCUCCUCUAUUUCCGACAGUGGCAAUUUCAAUCUGUACCCUUGCAAAUUAUUGUCAAUGCCACCGAACUUGUCCUCGAUUUAGUAUUCAGGCACAGUGCAAGGCGCUGUGCCAUCUCCAUGAUAUGCCGUAUCGACCUUAUCUUAAUUCCCAAUUCUCCGACACCUAUGACAUAUACCUUGAGAUUUUAAAUCGUGUGGACCGCCGCCUGAAUGGAGCGCUUCAUCGCAACACGCCCGAUUGGCGUCUCCUCAACGCAUGUCCAUGCUGUUCUUACCAACUCGAAGACGAGCCGCCGUUAGCAUUCAAGUGGCUUGCCUCUAUUGAUGGCAACAACAGCCUCAAAAGAUGGGUGUCCUCUACUUAUGGCCUUACUGCACGGGAGGAUUCUCGCAAGCCUCAUUCUGACUACUGGAUUGAUCAAAUGACUGUUGAUGCCUUCAAGGAUGAAGUUCGAAGAUCAGCGCAGAAGAAAAUGUUUUCUGUUUUCGACGAGUCUGGUAUUUUCAUUGCGGCAUGCCAGCACAGAUUUAUACUUCUCGCCUGCGAUAUGGUGCGCAGUGGUGAACUGGCAAAAUAUCCCUUGGCUCUGAUGAACCAGUUGCUGUCCGUUUUUGGUGUGAAUGGCGGAUGCGCUUAUGAUAUUGGUUCUAACAGCAGUCUUGGUCCCCUCGCCCAAAGCCUUAAUUUGUGCAUGAUGGUUGGCGCGUUCCAUGGUCAUGCGCAUAACCGAAGGUGCCAAUUAGAUUGGCACCCAAUCACUAGACACGCCUCUCCAUUUCAUCGCCAUCAAAUGAUCGAGGAGCAUUUCGCCUUCUGGGACCAAGAUAAAUAUGCAGCGUUAACAUUGACAGGCAUCUUUUUACGCAACCAUUACAAAGAAGCACUAACCCUCAUACACACUCUCUCUGCUGAACUGUCGGCCAUUAAACAAGCUCUCAACCUGACUGACGCCGACUUUGCUCGGUUCCAUACUGAGGAAAGAUCGUAUCUUGAAUCUCUUCAAGAACAGCCCCUCAGCGACCAACUCCAAAUUCGCUAUAUUCAGGUUCUUGAUGACCUAAAUGAACGGCAUCAAGCCCGAAUUCGUGUCGACACUGCUUACACUAAACUCCAGCACGCUGAAGCUUUCACUGCCCAUAUCGAGAGUCAGCUCACAAUCGAAGAGCGAUGGACAGUCGGAGGCGAUGAAUACAACAAGUACAAGGAUGAGGUAUUGCUCCAGAAGUAUCGUGUAGCUCUCGAUGAAUUAGAGCGUCUCGUGGUCAUGCGAUUAUUCGAACUAUCUAAACUCUCACUUUCAGGAAUGGGGUACAAAUUAUGGCAACAGAUCAGAAAGGCGUUGCAGAGACGUUCAGAUGCAAUUCGGAAUGCCAUCAACAAGUAUAAUGUGCAAGCUACUGCCCUUAAUCCUCCCCGACCACACUUAUCAUGGAAGGACAUAGCCAAUUAUAGUUUCCUGGGUGAGUUUGAUGUUCUCCGAUAUUCACGCACUGACAUGUGUGAACUUGACUGGGCCAAGCCUACACAUCGAGAAGGCUCACCCUCUGCCACCCGCACGGCUAUAGACGAUAGACGAUACCGGAGCCUCACCAGCUCUAUAGACGACGAUAGACGAGAGACGAUAAGCGGCAAUUGCCGGCUUAGAUAA